CUUCACCAGAAUUUUCUCAGAAUCAGAUGCAACCGCCAGUCAAGGCUCAGUGGUAUGUUGGUUUGUAUUAAGCCCAUCAGAUGUUUGGGGGUGAAUGUAAAUGGGAGGCUUUACACAGAAGAUGAAUCAGUACCCAGUGCAAGAAGGCAGGUGUCAUCUCUAUAGGUGUGGAGGUGUCGUCUCUAUUUAUUUAUGGAAGUUGUCAUCCCAGUAUGUGGCAUAUAUCAUCCCUACGUGUGGCAGAUGUCAUCUCUGUGUGUGGAGGUGUCAUCUCUAUUUAUGAAAGUUGUCGUCCCUAGAAGUGGCACAUGUCAUAUCUAUAUAUGUGGCAGAUGUCAUCCCUAUGUGUGGCAGAUGUCGUUUCUAUAUGUGGCAGACAUCAUCUCAAUAUAGGACUAUUUAUUACCAACAUACAAGCUGGCAAAUUGAAAAACUCCAAACACUAUCAUUAGUACCGGUAACCGAGAUCUUUCAGCAGAUUGGCAACUUUUUUUGUCAUCCAGUUCCAGGCUAUGAUUUUAGUGAAUGGAUAGCUUUAACAAAAAUAGGCUGCUGUGUUAGCUAUAAUGAAGUGACAAGUCACUCUAUUCAAUUACUCCUUAAACCAGAAAACAUUUUUAAAAUAACACAUUAUAUAUAUAUAUAUAUAUAUAUAUAUAUAUANACACUGUUUAUUAAGUACAAGACAAUUCUUAUGGGUUAUUAAAAAAAAACACCUCUCCAUAUUGUGGUUAAGUGGUUUUACUGUAAUAAAAAGCUAAAGCCAGUAGAACAGCGCCACCUGUGCUGUAAGACAACUCUCUGUCAUCCAAGUUUCACAGCAAUUUACACCGCCAGAUUGGGGAAUAAACUGAAUACACUUAAGACACAGUAAGUGGAUCUGUCCUGACAUUGUCUCCCCCUGUAAAAUAUUUACCAGAUGUACACAGCUUAUUGCACUACCAGGGAUUAGCGGGUAUUAGCAGGGAUUAAUCCAGUCAUGCUGGAGGACGGUUUUAAUUUUUAUUGCCAGGAAUAUAAACUGAAAUGGAUCUCGAAACAAGCCGCUAAAAAGUUUUAGGGUACAAGGUGUCCUGUAAAAGUGAGGAUCACACCAAUGGGCCGUUUAAGUUAUAAAUCAAAGCAAAUGGUUUCUAUUUGACAAGUAGAUGCUAUUGAGCCUUGAGUGUGAUAGACAGCUCCUGGAAUGUGUUGGAGCUCCUCUCUUUGUUUCUAUCACACUUGGCGCUGCACUGUUUUGUCUCAUUGAACUGUUUGCCACCAUUAAGUAGUUGAACAUUUAGUUGUUUACCAUUGAGUAGUUGACCAUUGAGCUGUUGACCAUUGAGCUGUUGACCAUUUAGUAUUUGACCAUUGAGCUGUUGACCAUUGAGCUGUUGACCAUUUAGCAUUUGACUAUUGAGCUGUUGACCAUUGAGCUGUUGACCAUUUAGCAUUUGACUAUUGAGCUGUUGACCAUUGAGCUGUUGACCAUUGAGCUGUUGACCAUUGAGCUGUUGACCAUUGAGCUGUUGACCAUUGAGCUGUUGACCAUUGAGCUGUUGACCAUUCAGUACUUGACCAUUUAGUUGUUGAACAUUGAGUGGUUAACCAUGUAGUAGUUAACCAUUUAGUAGUUGACCAUUGAGCUGUUGACCAUUUAGUUGUUGACCAUUUAGUUGUUGACCAUUUAGUUGUUGACAAUUUAGUUGUUGACUAUUUAGUUGUUGACCACUGAGUUGUUGAUGCUUCAGGUGCAUAGGAAACUGAUCUUUUUCAGCAUUCUUCUUCUUCUAAAUCCUACAACAUCUCUCACAAUCUGUCACAACUUAGGCAAAUAUUUAAUAGAAUUUUAAGAAUGUUACUGCACAAUACAAUUUUUAUGCCAGAAUCUGCCUCAUCAGCCAUCUGCCCACCUAGUGCCAAGUUUAAGAUUGGCAUAAUAUAUGACGAUUAAGGUGGUCAUAGUCUAUUUCGACUAUCUAUUCACCUUGCACCAUUACUGUUUUAAAUAAUUAACUUAGGAACAAAAUCUUGCACAUUAUAAAAAAAUAUUUUUUUUUAUAGAAAAGCAUUUCAAAUGUUUAUCUUUUAGAACAACCCUUGUAUUUAUCUUUACUUUUUGUGUGUUUGUUUCUGCAUGAUAUAUUCUUCUAUGUACAUAUGAUGACCAAUUAAAAUUAUUUAAAAAAUGUAGGAGUCCUAGUUAGGGGAAAUCAAAUUAUUAGUAGAAUUGUAAAUUUAGUACUUGAAGUGAAGUAAAGUGACAGAAGUAGUAGAAUUGUGUCAGUUAAAAUGUAGCUCUAGUACUUGUAGUGAAAUGACAGAAGUAGUAGAAUUGUGUCAGUUAAAAUGUAGUUCUAGUACUUGUAGUAAAGUGACAGAAGUAGUAGAAUUGUGUCAGUUAAAAAGUAGUUCUAGUACUUGUAGUGAAGUGACAGAAGUAGUAGAAUUGUGUCAGUUAAAAUGUAGUUCUAGUACUUGUAGUGAAGUGACAGAAGUAAUAGAAAUCCAUAUUAUGUAUCUGAUUUUUGAAUAUAAAGUUAAAACUUAUUUCAACAAAGAAAUGUUUACUGUAAAUAAUGCUAACUGGUAUUGGUGGUUUUUUUUUUGAGAGGGUGGGGGGUGUGGGGGGGGGAGGCAGUGCUGAGAAAGAAGACAAUGUCUUAGUAACUUUAUGUCCCUAAGGCUGACAGCACUUCUCACAGGUUGGGCAAUGCUUGAAUGGCAUUUACCUCCCUUUUCAAUCUGUUCUGAUAGUUCUAGGGCAACUUGAUCUCUGCACAUUUCAGGGAACUCUUGUGUCAAGGAGAUAAAAUGUAGCUCUUUUUUCAUCUUGAUGAAAUCAGGAGAAGGAAAAAAAAAGAAGUAUUUUAAGAAUGGGACACAGUGGGUUAGCUCAAUGUACAAGAAUUAAACCUCAAGAAUGUUAGAAAUGUUUUGUUGAAUCAUUGAGUUGGCCAUGACUCAGUUCAGUUUAGAGUCAAAUAAAUAACAAGUUUGGUCCACAAACCGUAAACUGUGGAAUAAGGGUACCAACAUUGAUACAUAUUCUGUUGAUGGUGUAACAAUAGGACUGUCUCAUCCAGUCUGUUGAGAGCUGCCGCUGUUCAUGAAUGCCAGUUUGUCUUACAUGAAUCUAUUCUUUCACUAACAUUGGACUUUUGUUUGGUCUUAGUUUAUAGGAACAAUUUUAUACAGAAAGGCAAGCUAUUGGACAUGCAGAGGCGUAGCUAAUGUUUUUUGCACCAAGGGAAAGAUUCAAUUACCCCCCACAAUUCUGGAACCCCUUAUUUUAUUCCAUAAAAUACCAUCAAAGCCCAAUUUUGGGGCCCCCAACUACUCUGGUGCACGUGGACAUUAGUCCACCCCCCCCCCCUUAGCUACACCUCUGUAAUCAUGACAACAAUUGGGGGCUCAUAGGAUUCCACAGUGCAUCAAAUGAAAACAUGUAGGCUUACAACAUUGACAUGGAAUAUAACAUAAAAAAUGUAGGCUUACAACAUUGAUAUGGAAUAUAACUUAUUUAUAUUAUAGAGGGCUUGAACUUUAAUAUUUACUUAAAAUAAUAUGUCUUAUGUGGACCAUGUGAAUGAUGUGGACCAUGUCAAUAAUGUGGAAUAAUGAAUUAUGUCGAGCUAGGGGUGGGGGGGGGGAAUGUAUUAAAUUUGAGAGGGGGUGCCAUGUUGCAAAAAAGGUUGAGAAGCCCUUGAAAUUUAGGGUUCGUAUUUGAAAUGUUUUAUUAACUUCUGACACAGUCCAACAAUAACAACAUAAGUUUUAUCAACUUCUGACAUAGCCCAACAAUAACAACAUAGGUUUUAUCAACUUCUGACAUAGCCCAACAAUAACAACAUAAGUUUUAUCAACUUCUGACACAGCCCAACAAUAACAACAUAGCUUUUAUCAACUUCUGACACAGUCCAACCAUAACAACAUAAGUUUUAUCAACUUCUGACAUAGCCCAACAAUAACAACAUAGGUUUUAUCAACAUCUGACACAGUCCAACAAUAACAACAUAGGUUUUAUCAACUUCUGACAUAGUCCAACAAUAACAACAUAGGUUUGUUUUAUCAACUUCUGACAUAGCCCAACAAUAACAACAUAGGUUUUAUCAACAUCUGACACAGUCCAACAAUAACAACAUAGGUUUUAUCAACUUCUGACAUAGUCCAACAAUAACAACAUAGGUUUUAUCAACUUCUGACACAGCCCAACAAUAACAACAUAGGUUUUAUCAACUUCUGACAUAGCCCAACAAUAACAACAUAGGUUUUAUCAACAUCUGACACAGUCCAACAAUAACAACAUAGGUUUUAUCAACUUCUGACAUAGUCCAACAAUAACAACAUAGGUUUUAUCAACUUCUGACACAGCCCAACAAUAACAACAUAGGUUUUAUCAACUUCUGACAUAGCCCAACAAUAAAAACAUAGGUUUUAUCAACUUCUGACACAACCCAACAGUAACAGCAUGGGUUUUAUCAGCUGGACCAACUUGGCUCACGUGUCAGGUACAGGACUAUUGUAUGUUUUCCCUCCAGCUCGAAGUCGCAACAAGAAAAAGAAGCCAGGGGAAGAAGGUGUGAAGGAGACGGUGUGUCCAAUCUGCAACGAUCGGGUCAUGGGGGCAGCAGACGAUCUCAACGCUCAUGUGGAAAUGUGUCUCAAACAGGUACCACACAUCUGGAAUGUGUUAUGUUGACUUGAAUCUGCCAUGAAUUAUGUAUCCUAGACAUUUAGUUUUGUUAAUUCCAAAUUUGUGUCAUCCAUCUUGACUGACGUUUAGUGGAUUUUAAAAAAUGUCCUUUUCAAAUUGUGUUGAACUUUUAUCUUGUUUUUUUUUUUUUUAAAAAUGUUCUCCAUUUUUUGUGUAUUUCUAUCAGAGAACCGAUGGGGAGGAGGAGCCUGUUGACGUGGAAGGCGAGUAUGAGGAGUAUGAAUGGGCGGGGCAAACCAGGGUCAGGGCCACCUCCAUGUUAGAGGGUGGAUUUUCUGGUAAGUUCAAAGAUGUCUCGAUCGGGUCCACCACCCUUUAAGAUGGAGGAUCUGCUACUGUUUCCUGAUCUCUAGCAAUGGUUAGGGUCACACGGUCCAAUGGUGUUGUGAGAGGACAUCGGCUCUCUUUGAUUAGAGAUUAAAAAAACAAAUGUUGAGUGUCGAUUGACACCUGACAUUACAAUUUUAACGAUAGUAUGCUGAUUAUAGCUGCUCUAUGGCAAAGUCAGAAAAUCUUUGGACCAAUCUGCUGACAAAGUGGGGUUUAGAAUCCCAGAAACUACCAGGCAUGUGUCAGAUCGUUUGACUGUGUCUCACUAUGAGCGCUAACUUAAACUGAAAUUGUAUGUUCUAGCUGUUUUGGUGCUAACCCUGACACAAUGCAAAUGAUCCUGUCAUUUACCGCUACCAGAAAUACUGAGCAAACAAAAUCUGUUUUUAACCUCAUUAAAAAUAUUGAAUUAUUUGCUGAAAUUAUAGCCUCUGACUCUAUUGGAAUGAGUUUAAAUUCAACGUUGGUUGCUUGUUUUCUGUUUCCUUCCAGGCCAGGGUUUUCAAACUACAAGGAAAGGUUCAGAUGAGGAUGGUGAGCUGAAUGUUGAUGGCGAUGACACAGAGGAAUAUGGAAAACCUCAGUAUCUUUUUCAACAUUUCAUAGAUGGGGUCCCAUUCAACAUGUCAUAGAUGGUUCUAUACAGCAUGUCAUAGUUGGUCCCAUUCAACAUGUCAUAAAUGGUCCCAUUUAAAAUAUCAUUAGAUGAUCCCAUUCAUCAUGCAUAGAUGGUCCCAUUCAACAUGUCAUAGAUGGUCCCAUUCUGUAUGUCAUAGAUGAUCCCAUUUAUCAUGUCAUAAUGGUCCCAUUCCAUAUGUCAUAGAUGGUCCCAUUCAACAUGUCAUAGAUGGUCCCAUUCAAAAUGUCAUAGAUGGUCCCAUUCAACAUGUCAUAGAUGGUCCCAUUCAACAUGUCAUAGAUGGUCCCACUCAACAUGUCAUAGAUGUUCCCAUUCAACAUGUCAUAGAUGGUCCCAUUCAACAUGUCAUAAUGGCCCCAUUCAACCUGUCAUAGAUGGUCCCAUUCAACAUGUCAUAGAUGUUCCCAUUCAACAUGUCAUAGAUGGUCCCAUUCUUAUGGGAACUCGUCAUAGCUCACAUUUUGAUGGAAAAUGAAAUUCAAACUUUGUGUAGCUGUAACCAGUCAAUGUACUUCUUUAAAGUUUUUCAAUACCGACUUCAUACUUCAAUCUAUGAACAAGUGUUUUGAAUCUAUGACAAAUGUCAUCUAGCAUGAAAAAGUAUUAGUUAACUGUCUGAAUGAGGGUUGAAUAUCUUAACUUGAUUAAGAUUUAGUGAAAAAGACAUUCUUCCACUUGGUUCUUCUGGCAACAGUCCUCAUAAUGAGAGCAGAGCAUCUAGAAUAUCGCUGCCUAUGGAGAGCAGGUAAAAGUCACUGAUAGGAUGUAAAAGUCACUGUGAUAGGAUGUUAAAGUCACUGCUAUGGUGUUAGCUAAAAUAAAAAGAUGUCUUGAUAUUAUAACACUACAGGUUCUCAGUUUAUGAAGAGAUGAUAAAUAUAUCAUGAUGAAUUAAGGUAUUUUGCAUUGAGCUUAUUUGUACAUUGCAGACAGUAAAAUAUCAAUAAAUGUUUUCUGUAGUUUGAAUUGGGGGCAUUGGAUGCAGGCAAACAUUUAUACAAAGUAAUUAGCUUGUUUUCUUUGUGUUUUGUCCCAUCAUCAGCUUCACCUCAAGGACAGACACUGUCAAUUCUGAUGGUAAGUUUUAGGAUUACUACUGUAGCUGCUGUCAACAUCUAAAAGAUUGUAUGAACUUACACAAUUAGGGAGAACUCAAAUAAUUUCAGUGUCUACAUAUUGUCUGAAAGUUUCUCUGGUCCCAAUGUCUGCAUACUGUCUGAGAGUUUCAUUGGUCUCAAUGUCUUCAUACUGUCUGAGAGUUCAUACUGUCUGAGAGUUUCAUUGGUCCCAAUGUCUUCAUACUGUCUGAAAGUUUCAUUGGUCCCAAUGUCUUCAUACUGUCUGAGAGUUUCAUUGGUGCCAAUUGAUUAUUAAAUUCACUAUUACUUGAGUUAGUAUUUUUCUUAAUACUAGCUAGUAAUUUCAGGCGUAUCACUUUCCCUUGAGCUGUGCUGUGGGCACUCUCUUGAUCUUGUCACUGGAUUAUACUAGAUGACGAUACUGUUGAAUGUAUUCUUUACAAGUUAUGGUGGUGGAACGGGUACUUUGUUGAGGGGUAGCACCUCUGAUUGUGCAGCAGUUGUUUUCCCUUGGGGUAGCUAAGCAAUCUUUUGCCCGCAAAUGGUGCUCAGCUCUCACCUGUGGCUCCAAGAAGCUGUAGCAUACACAGUGGCCACACCAUGGAAAACGGCUUCAACUAGCUUUCAAAACCAGGUAGAGGGUAGUCUUGGGUAAACAGGGCUUGUAGCCUGCAGCAUGUGAAGACUGCCUCUGGAGGAUUGCACAGAGGAAAAGCAGGAAUAGCAAUGCGAUGUGACUUACUUAGAGCAUGGCAAGAUAUGUGGUGUUCAUCCUUCGCAUGCAAAGAUGACCCAGGCUUCAUUACACGGUGAGGAUGCAGGUGGCUUGCCAGUCCUAUUUAUGCCUAGAAAGCUUUCCCGCAAUCGGGGCACACGUUGUUUUGGGUCCUUAAAGGAUUCGAGUCGAUUCUACUUUUCCUUGCAAUGCGCUGUCUUUGGGCAUGAGCCGUGGACUUAUUCUGUGAGGAAUGUGCUUUGAAAGUGAGUCUACCAUGCCAGCGUGCAUGGUCCGUGGCAAAUGUUUCCCACAAAUCAAGAUCAAUGUUCAUGGAAUAGAGUCAUGCUUUUAAACAGUCCUUGAAGUUUGAAGCGUUUUUUCUGCCCACCAAAGAAACUAAACCACUUUCACAAGAUGAGCCUCCAAAAAAUCUUCAACAUCAAAUGGCAGGACGGGAUACCAGACACUGAGGUACAUGCACAAGCAGGUCUCCUCGGUAUAAAGACCUUAUUAAUGCAGUCUCAGCUUCACUGGGCGGGCCAUGUUGCCGGAAUAUCAGACGACCGGUUGCCAAAAAGAAUAUUUUAUGGUGAACUCAAUCAGGGCAUGGGGGUUGCAGGAGGAGAGAAGAAACGCUUUAAGGACACACUGAAACUAUCCUUGAAAGCAUUUCUCAUUGGCCCGGACAUGUGGGAACAAUCCUCAAAGAAUAGAAACUCGGUGCACUCUUCCAUACACAAGGACUCAAUGCAACACGAGUCUGACAGAACAGCUUCUGCAGAACACAAGAGACAAGCCAGAAAAGCCCGAGUUAACUCUGUACCUAGAGUUGUCCCAUCCAUUUCCUGCGCCUUCUGCUCCAGGACAUUUCGUGCCAGAAUUGGUCUGAUCAGCCAUCUGCGCACUCGCAGAUUCAGCCCCAGCAGUUAGCUGAUAUUUAAAAGGGUCAUGAUCCACUUUCAACAGACGAACUACCACAAGUUAUAAAAUAACCAUUUAACAUAACGACAUCAUAUAUCUUUUUCUAUACAAAGAAAAUGUCUGCUUUCUUCCAUUAGAAAAAAUGUGUUACUACAUUCACUUGUAGUUGUGUAACUACAUUCACUUGUAGUUGUGUAACUACAUUCACUUGUAGUUGUGUAACUACAUUCACUUGUAGUUGUGUAACUACAUUCACUUGUAGUUGUGUAACUACAUUCACUUGUAGUUGUGUCACUAUAUUCACUUCUAGUUGUGUAACUAAAUUCACUUGUAGUUGUGUAACUACAUUCACUUGUAGUUGUGUCACUAUAUUCACUUCUAGUUGUGUAACUACAUUCACUUGUAGUUGUGUAACUACAUUCACUUGUAGUUGUGUAACUAAAUUCACUUGUAGUUGUGUAACUACAUUCACUUGUAGUUGUGUCACUAUAUUCACUUCUAGUUGUGUAACUACAUUCACUUGUAGUUGUGUAACUACAUUCACUUGUAGUGUGGCACACAUCACCUUUCAAUCACCAAUUCUGUUCCAACAUAUUUAAAAUGUUUAUUUUUUUUAUUUUCACUACUUUUAAACUAAAUCAUUCUUUCUGUCUACAGGUGGAUGCUGCAGUCAGUCAUCAGCAGCAUAUGAAGGAUUCGCUAUUUCCAACUGUGAUCAGGGGUCAGUCUAUUUAUAUCUCUUGUUAUAGGCAGUUUGUUCUACACGAACCAUUGUAAACAUUCUAUAGCAGUCUAUUAUUAUUGUGUUACUAUAGACAGUUUUUUCUACACCUAACACUGUAUAAACAUUCUAUAGACAGGAAAGAUUCUAUUUGACGUUCUACAACUGCCAUGACGUCAUGGCUCAGUGUUUUCUGAACCUAUGUAUUCUUCUUUUUUAAAGAGGUGAGGAACAAUCUGCAUUGAUAGCUGCACUGCGAAUGAAGCUGCGCGACCUUGAAGCUGAGAAAUCCUCUAAACAGAAAUGCCUGAUAUGCAUGGUAAAAACUUGAGACUAAAUUAGUCUACAAAAUAGCAGUCUCGUUUAAUCUCAUCUGUUGAUUUAACUAAUCUAUCUUGAUUGGAAAGCAUUUUUCACUAAAAAGCUAUCAGGCAACUUAACAGUGUCCUUGGUAGGACAACUCCAUAUUAAGAAUUGAUCCAAACUUUAAAUGGGUUAUUAAUAAUUUCAAACUUUAUGGCGGCUAUUUUUGUUUUCAUUUUACUUUUUGAAACUUUAUUUUGUCCUCUUUUUUUUUUUUGGUUGGGGGUGGGGGUCUAUUGAAGGCUUUAGGCAGCUGUUUUUUUAAAAGGACAUUUACGAAGCUUUCUCACACCCUGUGUUAGAUAUUACCUGAUAUCAUCUCUCUCACACCCUGUGUUUUAUAUUACCUGAUAUCUUCAUCUUUCUCACACCCUGUGUUAGAUAUUACCUGAUAUCAUCUUUCUCACACCCUGUGUUUUAUAUUACCUGAUAUCUUCAUCUUUCUCACACCCUGUGUUAGAUAUUACCUGAUAUCUUCAUCUUUCUCACACCCUGUGUUUUAUAUUACCUGAUAUCUUCAUCUUUCUCACACCCUGUGUUAGAUAUUACCUGAUAUCUUCAUCUUUCUCACACCCUGUGUUUUAUAUUACCUGAUAUCAUCAUCUUUCUCACACCCAGUGUUUUAUAUUACCUGAUAUCUUCAUCUUUCUCACACCCUGUGUUUUAUAUUACCUGAUAUCAUCAUCUUUCUCACACCCAGUGUUUUAUAUUACCUGAUAUCUUCAUCUUUCUCACACCCUGUGUUUUAUAUUACCUGAUAUCUUCAUCUUUCUCACACCCUGUGUUUGGUAUUUCCUGAUAUCUUUCUCAUACCCUGUGUUUGGUAUUGCCUUAUAUCCUUCUUACAUCAUGUGUUUGAUAUUUCCUUGUCUCUUUGUCUUGAACCAUCAAUAGUUUGUUGCUAACCAUUGGUCCCUUCCUCUAGGAGGCGUACAAGACUCCACUGACCUCCAUCCAGUGUUGGCAUGUUCACUGUGAGGCUUGCUGGAUGAGAACUCUGGUAAUUAAUGUGGUUAAUCGACAAUGACACUUAGACAUCUAAAUUAAGCCCUGUCAAUACCGGUAUCUUCAUGUGUUUCACUUUAGUGUAAUAAAUUAUAAUUAUGUAGGCAAUGAGCCUUUUCUGUCAAAGAAUGCAUUUUAAAAUUUAGUUGACAAAGUAAAAAUAAUUCAAAUUUUUUUUCAAAUGGAGAAAUCUUUUAAAAUUUAAAUACACUUUCUAAUACGGCUGAAACUAAAAUAAAAGAUGGGAAAGAAAAUAUUUUAGUUUGUAAUGCCAAAUUGUUUUGACUUUUUUCCCCAGGGAGCCAAAAAAUUGUGUCCGCAAUGUAACAUGAUCACGGCACCUAAUGAUUUACGAAGGGUUUACUUAUAGGACCAUCCUGGCGCAUGUGUGGGGCGACUGAAGCAGAUAGGACCAUCCUGGCGCAUGUGUGGGGCGACUGAAGCAGAUAGGACCAUCCUGGCGCAUGUGUGGGGCGACUGAAACAGAUAGGACCAUCCUGGUGCAUGUGUGGGGCGAAGGACCAUACUGCGGCAUGUGUGGGGAGACGAAAGCAGAUAGGACCACCCUGGCGCAUGUGUGGGGCGACUUAAACAGAUAGGACCAUCCUGGGGCAUGUGUGGGGCGACUGAAACAGAUAGGACCAUCCUGGCGCAUGUGUGGGGCGACUGAAACAGAUAGGACCAUCCUGGCGCAUGUGUGGGGCGACUGAAACAGAUACUGUAAAUAAUGUGUGUGUGUGGUCCACCUGAUAGUGGGGACAUAUGGGACCGUAAUGAGAGUUGUUCAUAUGAUUUUUAGCCCUUCAUUGUACAUAUGUCUGUAGUGAGCUGAUAACGAACAAUUGAAGAAUGGGUGCAUUGUGCCGGUACAGAGAUAGUUCAAGAUGUACAGGUAGAUAUUAUUUGUUCUGCAAGUUUUCAUGUUGGAAUUAUUCAGGUUUCAGAUUUGUAAUUUUUGGUAUUUGAUUCAAGAUUGUUGAUCAGUUUGCAUAGCUUACUUGUUGGAGUGUGGACUUUCUCAUUUUGUGGCCAUUGCAAUUGUGAUGUUUCAGUUUGCAUAUUUUUCUCUCAUGUACAUGCUUUGUUGAAACAGCGUUGUUGAAACAGCUUUAAAACAGCUUUGAAGAAACAGCUUUUCCUUUUUAGCAGUGGAUCUUUAACACGUUAAAAUAAUGAUCAACUGGCCAGAUUUUCAAACACUGUCACAUCUGCAGUGGACACCAUUCCUUUUUCAAUUAGAAUGUUGGUCUAAAAUUUUAUUUAAUGAACACAAUUCGGACCUUUUGCUGGUUAUAGGUACAUCUCUUUCAAUUUUCUAGUUGUAAAAUACAAAAUUAAAUGUUUAGGUUUAUCUUCCUUUGUUUCCCCUUGUAAUGUAUAUAACUUUAUCUUUGACACUGCUAUCCUAUAUUUUCCAUGUGAGGGUUCAGUUAUUGAACCUUAAUGUGUACUGAG